AUGAAUAGAGCAUAUGAACUAUACUUAGAACAAAUUGAAGUACACGAAACAAGUCAUCCUUCCUCACUUGCGGUAGACGUUUUGCAAGCCUACCAUCCUGAUUUAUCCUGUACUAUCUGUUACCCUGUUGCUAAUUUAUACCGUCCCUUUCGCCGAUUCUGGGGAACGUAUCGAGACAAUUAUUUUGCUACCCAAUACUCACAAAAGACAAACGACUCUUACUGUAUUUUAGUUGCUGCUACUGAUUAUAAUACUGCUAGAGCUGCUGCUCGAGAUAUUGUUUUUAGUUGCCGCUAUAACAACGACCUAUUAGACCCAAAAGAAGUUAUUGCUGGUCUACUCCUUGCACAUACCCCCUAUACUCUUGCACCUACCUUACCUCUUAAUUUUGAAGCUACUCUACUUGACCUUCACAUUGAGGACCUCUUACCUUCUACACCUGCUUCAACUCGACCAAGGACUGAAAACCUUCUAUUCAAUUUUCAAAACCAACUAGAAAGAACUGAAUUAAAUUUUGACGUUUUUCCACCCAGAUCUAUAUUCACCUUAGGACCUGAACAAUUAGCUGAUACUGGUGUUGGUUCUUCCACUAAUACUUAUAUACCAAUCCCUCCAAGCCUUGCACUUCCUUCUUCACCUAUCUCAGAAAUUCCAUAUCAUUAUACUCGAGAAACUACUCCUCCUCCACGAAAUCGCCUCUUUCGCUACUUACAACAAACCUUUUCUCCUGUUCGCACAACUGUUCCUCCAUCCCCUCUUGUAACUGAAUAUUACCCAACUGUUAAUUUAGAUAUAAACGUUACCCCACGCCAUACACCUCCAUCACUUAAUACUCCUCCUCUUAACGACCAAAAUUUAAUUGACCCUCUCGACCAUUAUAUUCAAAACCAAGACACUACUAUUGUUAGAGCUAACUCUCCUCCACAAUUCGAAGAAAUAAAUUUACAACCUCUUGUUGAAGAAUUAAACCCUAUCUUACCUCCUAAUCAAACAGAAAACCUAAUGGGUGAUCAAGCUUUACGAGAUGCUGCGCAAGCAAUAACUGGUCUUGCCAAUGCCCUUGGACAAGGCUCUGAGAAAACUCUUAUUACUGUUGCAGAUUUUUACGGUGACGGAACCCAAGACCCUGCUGACUGGCUGAAGGAAUUUCGAAGAGCCGCUACUGCCAACCGAUGGAGUGCUGAACGGAAACUUCAGCUUGCUCCUGUGUACCUUAAAGGUGUUGCUUUAGACUGGUAUACUGCUUUAAACCCAGCACCCAAUGUUUUUAAUGAUAACAACAACCAGAACCAAAGUUUCCAGCAUCUUUUUAAGACACGUUUCUAUACUACUAAGCAAAAGGCCCUUUGGCAAAAACAACUUUUCGAAAUUAAGCAAGGACCCACUGAAACAGUGGAUGAAUAUGUCAACCGAUUUCGUACAUUGCAAACGAAAGUGGACCCAACCGGUGUUUUUCCCGCUGAUUUUGUUAAACAACUUUUUAUCCAAGGCUUACGUUCUGAGUAUGCAGUUAAUGUUCAAGCUGCUAUACCUAAUACCCUGACCGAUGCUAUUGAAGUAGCCCUUCGCUGGGAAACUGGAAAAUUAAUGACUACCCCUACUACCAAUACCGACCAAGCUAUUCAACAACUUACAGACCAAAUUGCUAAGCUUAGUAUUAAUUUAGCCCAGACACAGACCACACCUACCUCUUCUGUUAAUUAUGCUGACAACCGUGCCCAAACCCCUCGAAUGAAAGAGCCUCCUAUCUGCUAUUAUUGUGGACGCACUGGACAUUUUAUUCGGACCGAAAUGGUCGCUCUUCUGAUCGCUAUUCCAAUAACAGAGACCGUUCUCGCAGUCGCAAUAAUUCUCGUCCUAGAAGCCAAUCUCGAGAUAAUAAUUAUAGAAGCCGAAAUAAUGAUAACUAUCACUCUUACCAAAACUCCUCUAAUCGAUCUCCUUCACCUUAUCAUCAAAGUGUUAAUUAUCUUACACAAAAUCAGACUCAGACACCCUCUCUUACUGCUAGCAAGUGAAAAACGCUACUCAAUAAUCCAUCUAUCCGAGAAUAAACCUUACCAAGCUAUUAUUGAUAGUGGUGCUUCAGUUAGCAUGAUUGCUCACAAGGCAGUCAAAGAACUUGGAUUGACUAUUGAAAAGGCCUCUAACAGCCUUAUUGUUCCUGCAGUUGGAACUUCCACUCGGCCUUUAGGGAUUAUAAAAGACCUGCCAAUUGAAAUUGAUCACAUUACUAUCCCUCUUACUGUAGAAGUAGUAGACACUACUUCUUACUCUCUUCUAUUAGGCAAUGACUGGAAUCAAAAAGUGGAAGCAAAUUAUAAUUGGGAAAAUGGUUGUUAUACUUUUAAAUGGAAAAACAAAAAACAUACUAUCCCCACUACUUAUGAAAGUAACCAACCUCUACCCAGUCAACCCACUGUGACUGCACCAGAUGAAUUAGACCUUUAUGAACCAGAAUACUUAUAUCCUCGAGAAGCUUAUACUUUUAAUCGAGAAGACUCAGACCAAUCUCUCUCACCAGAAGAAAAUGAAUGGACCACUUAUCAUUCUCGCCGUAGAAACAGAAAAGCUCCUAAACAGCGUCCCCAAGACGUACCACCUGCCCUACUUGUCAUGACUCCAACCACCUAUAUAGGGACUGCCCCAAUAAUGUCUGCAGAGGAUGCAUGUGGAUGUACUCUUGAUCAAGUUGAUAGUAAUCACCUACCUAACCAUAGCACUCGCCGUACCCACCAUUGUUGCCAAUGUAGAGUUCCUAACAGACCUGAAGUCCUUAGACUUCUUGAAGAGAAACUUGUUUGCCCUGGAUGCUAUUCUGACUUUCACUGUGCUCUAGACCGAGAAGACCCUAGGAGUAUCCAUUUCUUCACCCAAGGUGAAGAACGUGGAAUGCUUGUUAAUUGCAAAGUAUGUAAUAAAGCAGAUACAAGACCUAGAAUGUGUCAAUUGGACAGUCUUCGGGAAGAAUUAUGGUUUUGUGAAUUAGAACACCUUUAUGCAUACAAGGCUAGCCAGGAUAUCCAGUAUAAUCCUAAUUAUAACCUCUGGACUCAAAUCAAACGUUAUACUGAAUCAACAAAGAAUGCCGGACACCAAUAUGAAAUGAACCAGACCAGAAUUUACCGACUUGCGAAGAUUCUCUUGGAUGAAAAUGACCAGACCAUUGCCCAGGCCCUAGAACCUCUAACCUCUGACCGCAUAACUCAACCCUGGAGCUAUGAGGAAAUGCAACUUAUAUUGCAAGCUGAAUCAGACUUACUAUCAGAAAAUGAUAUUGACCCGCUACAAGCAAUUUUAGAUGAAUCCUUCAACACUAGCCACCCAGACUAUGACCAGAAGUAUGCCCUCGCUGUACUUCGAAGAAACUUUACAGUUCCUGUUGACCUCUGUCAGGAAUGUUUACAUGUUAAACACCAAGAGGAAUUGAAUUCAAAUCAAGGGUAUUGUGAUGAUUGCAAACUUCCAGACCCAGAAAUUUACUCUCCACCUGCUGAAGAAACAGUCAAGGAAAUCGAUGAUGGUUCACAGUUUUAUCAGCUUCGACAACAAGUACAACAACAGGAUCAAUUGAUAAAACAAUUACAAGCAAGAAUUGAAACCUUGGAAACUACCAAUGCUGCUUUAUUAUGCUUUUUCUGA